AUGGAACAGACACUGUAUCCAGAUGACCUGGUGAGGCUGAAGACUGACAAAUCACGGCUUGCUUCUGUGGAACGGACCAACGAUAGCCUCGACUUUCACGUGCCAUUUCCACAGAACGGCGAGGACUUCAUCGACCUCUCCGCAGGCCCAGGCGUCAGCGCAGAAAAUUUGAGGCAAUUCAAGGCGUCUGGUGCUCCUCCGAAAGGGACAAUCCUGGUCCGCUGGGAGAAUGAAAGUCUUCAACUGAUACGCUCCGACAGCGUCUCCUUGAUCGUUCGAUCGUUGCUUGUUGGCGAUGUCGUAAAACGAAGUGUCUCCCAUGUACAAAGUGGAGUCGUUAUCAAUACAAUGACCAGAUGUGUAUUAAGACCACUUUGUCAGGUCACCCAUGCUAGCCGGCCUGAGUUGACGCUGAAGGGACUUCCUCCGCCUCAUUCAGAUCCCAUAGCUGAUCUCACUUCAGGGGAUCUGAUUGUCUAUAGAGACUGGAUUGGGAGAAUAAGAGACAAAUCUGAUCUCGUUUGUGUCAGACUUACUGACGGAUGUGUUGUUGAGAUACCCGGAGAGCAAGGGGAACAUCUGGACGGCAUUGUCGAUGCUUUCGCCGUCGGCGAUGUCCUUUCAACGAAGAAGGGUGUCUUGCGGACCGGCACAUGGAUUUAUGGAAGCUACAAUGCAAACACUCCGAGUGUUGGGACGGUGGUCUGCGUACGGCCAAGCAUCGUCGAGGUUGAUUGGUUACAAAAGCGGAUUGGAAGCACAGAAGAUGAGCCACCCGUGGUGCUCCAAGAUGCUGAGUGGGAAAGAGCAGACUUUGUGAUAUACGAUCGAUCGCGGCGUCCACCCCAAGUCCAAACUGAUCCUCUCGGAACAUUAUCAAAUUCGGAAUUGGACCUUCGAUUAUACCAGAGAGUUCGUUUCCGAGAUCUGGAGUCUGCGUGUGCAAAUUACCACACAGUCGAUGGCGUUCCUGCGAUUGUAAGACACGACCGAAAGGACAAUAUGGGCUACGAUCUGAAUGUCUUUGACGUGGUUGCUUUCCGGACCGCGGUCAGUGUUCAAUGGCAGGACUUGAGUAUCACUAUACACGAUAGUGCCGACUUGGUUCCCGACUCCGGAAUCGACGACAGUCAUGCUGCCUGGCCGGCUGAGAUUACGCAUACUCUGGCCAUGCGAGCUGUUGGUGGAAUGCCACAUGUUGAGCGCCCGGUCAAGGUGGGCGUUGUUCAGACAGUAGACGCUACAGCACGCAUGGCCAUAGUAUGGUGGACUCCAGACUCUUUCAUCGAGUACAGCCGACACGCAGAAGAACAAGAUGGCGUAGACGCAAUUCUUAGGCAUCAUAUUGCCACAGGCCCUGGCAUUGCUGAAGCGAUCAGUCUCUACGACAUCGAUACUCCUGCCCACGUAAACGUGCGAAGAGGCGACAUUGUACUAAUAAAUAAUGAGGAACACAAUCCCCUAUUAGGCACUACCCAGGACCGAACUUGGCUUGGAGAGAUAGUGGAUACGCGCCUCGAUGGCAGUCUCGUCAUCCGACUGGGUGUGGCUGAAACAGUGCAGGAUGUCAUACUCCUGAGGAAAGAUGUCACAGUAGCUGUUCGCUCAGAUGAUACCGACGCUCUCGAAGACGAGCAUUGGGAUGAUGAUAUCCUCGAUGAGGAGAUGGAAGAAGCUUUCCAUCAAGCUUACAGCGACAACCCGGAUCACCCGAUGUGGGAUGAUCUUUACGCAGAGGAAGAACAAGCCCACUUUGAAGACGAGAACGGAAUUGAGCUAGAUGCAGAUGAUUGGGAAGACGAUGCCUGGGAAGAUGCCGAGGAGGAGGUGACAGAAGGUGAUCCAGAGUUGGUGAAUGAUGACGCACACCUCUCAGCAGAUGACGAGCCCCUUGGCCUGGAACGUCGAACAGAAGGAUCAUCCGGCCCUGAAGCGUACCUUGUUCUUGAAUCCGCAGUUCCCACCACACAUCGCUUCGGUGCUCAGGAGGUGACUGUCAACGCUUCACGUAUGAAGCGCAUUCAGAAGGACCAUCGGAUAUUGGCCAGCCCAGAAACGCUGCCUGUCGGCGUUUUUGUCCGUACUUGGGAGACUCGACUGGAUUUGAUUCGUUUCCUCAUUAUCGGACCGACAGAAACGCCUUAUGCGAAUGCUCCCUUUAUCAUCGACGUGUAUCUUCCACCAGCGUAUCCGGCCGAGCCUCCCAAAGUCUACUUCCACUCCUGGUCACCGGAGCAGACUUCUGGCACUCACGGACGCCUCAAUCCGAACCUUUACGAGGACGGCACAAUCUGUCUAUCGCUUCUCGGAACUUGGGACGGGGCUCCGGGCGAAAGCUGGAGUCCAACGAAAAGCACAGUGCUUCAGGUGAUCGUCUCAAUUCUGGGAUUGGUGCUUGUUCGUGAACCUUAUUACAACGAAGCAGGAUACGAAGCAUUGGUCGGAACGCAGGCUGCCAAAAUUCCAAGCACUGUGUACAGUGAACGCGUCUAUCUCCGUAGUAGGGGACUCAUUCUCACUGCUCUUGCAUCGCUUCGUGACGAAGAGUUCCGGGACGCUCCUGGACAUGAGGACCUCGAGGAUAUCCUACGUUGGACGUAUUAUACGGAAGAUGGCCCGAAAUUGCUUGAUCUCGUGAUCGUCGAUGUCUCUACUAUACUCGAGAAAAGCACAGGCUCACAGGAGCCCAACGGACUGACAGUAAUGUCGCAAGGCGCGUGCAUUCCGCUGCAUAGGGUGCUAGCUCUCUUACAUAAAUACAAGCAAGCAUACGCGACAGGGAAUCACCGAGCUUCUGAGCCACCACGAGACAUCACGCCAAAGUGA